AUGGCGAGCUCAGAGAGGAGAUAUUUUGCGAACAGAUUUCAGGAUCGUGACGGACAAACAAUUUUGCAGUAUUCUGAAGGCAAGGUAGGUAGAUAUGACUUAGAAUAUUGGCUUACAAAGUGAGAGGUUCCGAAGAAAUAAUAAGAGUCUGAUUUAUUAAAGACAGCAAGAGAAAACUACACUUUGCUACUACCUACCAAAAAGGUAAGAUUAGCGAUGAAAAGUAUUUGGGACGAUUAAUACUCUGUUUAUCGUUCUCCUCCAUGUGCUCGGGCAUUUUAUAGGUGUUUUUUUGUCAGUAGAUUAGUGACCCUCUUUACUCAAGGAUAAGAAGUGAAGCUCACAAAUUGUUGAAAAAAUGCGAGGAAGGUUUUGAGCGCAGCAAAGAUGAUCGUGAUUGUUCUGUCUACACAGGUACUGCAGGUAAGAUGAAAUAUCAAAUCGCUUUAAUAUUAACUAACGACCGUUUUCAGGAUUCUACAUUUUUGUUUGUGUCAGCUGGAGGUUGAACAUGUUCUGUACAUGUGAAAGUUAGGCGACAACUCGCACUUACAGCUUGAUGAAUUAGACGUAUGACUGUACUACAAAAAGCUCAUUACUAAAUGUUGACAAAAUUUACAGAUAUGUAAUAAAGGGAGGAGUACCGUUAUCGGGUUCUUUUUACAUUUGUAGGUAUGGCCCUUCUGUACAUGCAUUUAUCAAACACUCUUUUCAAGGAAGAUGAUAAUGGAAAGCAGGGAUGUUUAAAGAGUGCUUUGAAAAUCCUUGAACAUAGCCAGGAUAGUCUAAGAGGAAAGAGGGUAACAUUUAUUUGUGGAGAUUCUGGUGAGAACCAUUGAUGGAAGGAAUAUUUAAUAUGUCCAUUUACAAGUUGGUUAAACCUCAUUUAUUCUGAAUAAACAAACUAAUGAUAGAAUGAUUCUUAAUUAUGACAGUUCAUAAUUGGGUUUACUAAACUUAAAAUGAAGUUUAGCCAGUUUCAGCCCUAAUUGUUUGUAGCAGAAUUGGUAAAAGUGAAGAACAGUUCCCAAAAGAUACUUUUGACCAUCUGUCGGCCAACAGUCAGCCGGCUGUUGGCCAUCUGUCAGCCGACUGUCGGCCAAUGGUCAACCAACUGUUGGACAACAGUUGGCUGAGUGCAGUAUUUAUCACUGACUAAAAUUAUUACAGUUAUUACUUUAAGUUAUCACUGACCAGACUGGAUUACCACAGACUGUGAGUGCUGAAAGAUAACCUGCCUCCCAGGGUCUCUCCUUUUCUCAAUCCUCCAGAGUGAGAAAUGGGGGGGUCAGGGGAGAAAAAAGAUGGUGGCAUCACUUUGAAUACUGGUAAAUAAAUGUAAUCUUGGUGAUAUGAGGUGAAAGUGAAAAUUAAUUAUUAACAAUGAUCUAUCUUGAGAAGCCAGUUUGAGAGAAUAAUUUUUCAUUUAAUUUCUCUCUGCAUAGGUGUCCUCUCCAUGCUUGCUGUUCUCUACUCAAAGAUGGGUCUGAAAGAUAAGAGUGAGGAAUGUCUCUCCAAGCUGUUAAGUCUAUCAGAUAAUGUGUGCAGAGAUCCUUUACUUCCUGACGAGGUGCUUUAUGGCCGAGCAGGGUACUUAUUUUCAUUACUGUUUGUGCAACAGCACUUAGGAGAUGAGAAGAUUAAUGCCAACGUAAUUAACCAGGUGACUAGUUAGUCUGCUUCUCAGUUUUUAUUGUGAACCUAGUAAUGAUAUCAUAGUGCUGUGGAGAUACUAUCUAAGAUUACUGCCUUGAUAUAUAGACAGGUUACCCUAUGAGUUGCUGAAAACUGAAGCUUCAGAGUACUUAUUUGGGUUACCAGACUUAUAAAACUGUCACAAACUGCACUUGUCAGAAUGUUUACUGAACUACUUUUCACAUCACAGGAAGCCUCAUCAAAGGCAUUCUUCUGAUUGGUUUGGUACAUAGAUCUGAUAUGUCUGCACUCGUUAUAUCUAUAUUACUACCUCAUUUUGUUUUAAGAGCUGACUGAACUUAUUAUCUACCAUAAAACAUUUCAUUCUGUAUCAACUUUAACUUAAUUUGAAGAACAACACCUCACUGUAAACCUGAUUGGUCAAACUCACACAUAGGGAUUUUCAAGGCCAAGGAGAAACAGUUAAACAUUUAAAUAUUCCAAAAGUAAUGAAUAUAGAUUUGCAUUAAAAAUGUCAACUUGCAUGUAACCCAAUCAGUCAACUAUUUACAGAGUUGGAUAAAAGUUGAAGUCUACCCUCUGGCUAGACAACCUCAUGUAAUAAGUAAAGUAAUAAUGAAAUUAAGUGCUAGUAAUAUCCAUUUUGAGAUAAAGUACAAUCUGAUGAAAUGCCAUGACACUAUAGGUCUGUCAAGCUAUUUUAGAUUCUGGUGAAAGGCUUGCAAAGCAGGAGAGAAGUAGAUCACCCUUAAUGUACACAUGGCAUGACAAACAUUAUGUUGGUGCAGCACAUGGUAUUGUUGGAAUCCUGUUCAUGUUACUUCAGGUAAGUAUGGCUUUAACUUCUAGAAUUACACUAUAGUUGCUACAGUGAUCUCGUGAUGUUUUCUUGGACUUUUGAAAUCUAUUUAACUUACUUAAAUCUCUCCACAAUGGCUGGCUUGAAGACAGAAGAAAGUAUCCAUUGUAGAAAGGUGGGCAUUCUUGAGAGGGAGGAACAUAUCUAAAGUGAAAUGAAAGCUGUUUUUUUUUAAUUUUUUUAUAUGUGUAUAAUUUUUGCAAGACUCUGUCAACCCAGUCAGUAAAGGCUAACUUGGGAAACAUUGAGAGCUGUGUUGAGUUUCUUGUGUCAGAGCAGUUUUCUUCUGGUAACUUUCCCUCAUCACUGGAGAAUGACACUGAUAAGCUCAUCCACUGGUGCCAUGGAGCUCCUGGUGCAGUCCACCUUAUGGUCAAAGCAUACCAGGUAUGUUCUUCUCAAUUGACCUCAAUUGUUUGUUUAGUUGUUAUUUUUUUUAACCUUAUUGAGUCAAUUUAUUGAAAACUAUCUUGCUACAAUUGAGAGUGGCCAUUUUCACCAACAGGUCUUUGGAAAAGACAAGUACUUGAGUGCAGCUGUUAAGUGUGGAGAUGUGAUUUGGAGGCGAGGUUUACUAAAGAAAGGCUAUGGCAUAUGCCAUGGUGUGGCAGGGAAUGCUUAUGCCUUUUUGUGUUUAUACAAGCAGACUGGAGAUUCUAAGUACCUACAUCGUGCCCUGAAGGUGGGUUGAGGCAUUGAGCACCAUUGAUAAGCAUGAUUGAGCUUGUGAUUUUUAGACACUUUCUAACCAUCAACAAGGACUCUAUAGAUGCUGUGUAAUCUAUGGCCAGUUUCAAUUGACAAGAAAAUUUGAAUUUCAUCUAAACACUGUAAUUCGGGUUUGACCCACAGUGACCCAGCCUAUAUAAUUUGAACAAUGCAAAAAUUGUCUUAAUUGUUGUCAUUGCUUUCGUUUAAGUUUGCUGAAUGGUGUUUUGAUUAUGGCGAACAUGGUUGUAGAAGUCCAGACCGUCCAUACUCAUUGUUUGAGGGUAAGUUAACAAGAGUUGCUUGUAUCACUCGUAUAGAUUAAGGUUUCUAAGUUUGAUUUCUCUGCACCCUUUCAUAACUGUGAUGUGGUGGGUCUGGAGAACAAUUGGAUAGGAAGGUACUUAUCCAUUUUGAUUUCCCCAAGAAUGUAAUAUUCUUGGAAGCACAGAUUGGAUUCUCUUUGGAUCUUGGUUUGACAUUGCAGAACUAAGGAAAUUAAUGAGAAGUGUAUUUUGUUUAUGUCUCGUGAGUGAGGAUUAGUAACAGACCAACUGACCUUCCAUUUCAUUAUUUGAAAGGUGCAUAAUUUUGGAAAUUGUAAAUCCAAUUGCGUUAAUAAUAUUUGUUAUUUAUUUAGGAUUAAAUUUUUUUUUCAGGGAUGGCUGGUACAGUUUAUUUCCUAGCUGAUAUACUGGAACCUCACUCGUCAAAGUUCCCAGCGUUUGAGUGA